GUAUUGUUUUCGAUCACCAUAUCCAUUGCAAAUCCAAGUCUUUAUACAGAGAUCUUCUUCAUCUGAGUUCGACAGACAGCCAUGGUAGACAACACCCACCAAAUAAAACACCAACAAUCCUCCCCAGAGUGGGGCCCAACAGCCUGGGCCCACCUCUCCGCCGUCAGAACCCACUCACCCCUCAUCCAAUGCAUCACCAACUUCGUCUCCAUGGACCUUAUGGCCAACACCCUCCUCUCCGCCGGCGCGUCGCCGGCCAUGAUCCACUCGCUCCGGGAAAUCCCCGACUUCACCCCUCGCGCCGCUGCCCUCUGCGUCAACGUCGGCACGCUCACCGCCGAGUGGCUUCCGGCAAUGAUGGCGGCGGCGGAGGCGGCGGGGAGGGCGGGCAAGCCGUGGGUGCUCGACCCGGUCGCGGCUGGGGCGAGCAGGUUCCGGUUGGAGGCUUGCCGUGAGCUUGUUGGGAUGAGGCCGACUGUUGUAAGAGGAAAUGGGUCUGAGAUUCUCGCUCUUGCUAAUGCCUCUGUUGGACCUAGUAAGGGUGUAGAUAGCUCGCAUGAAUCAACAGACGCUGUGGAAGCAGCAAAAUCCUUGGCUAAAUCAAGUGGCUGUAUAGUUGCUGUAUCCGGAGCUGUUGACAUUGUUACAGAUGGGCAGCGAGUUGUUGGUGCACAAAAUGGCGUGGCCAUGAUGCAGAAGAUUACAGCCACAGGUUGCUCUGUCACUGCUCUCAUUGCUGCCUUUGUUGCAGUAGACCCAUUAUAUGCUUUUGAAGCUACAGCUACUGCAUUAUCCAUAUUUGGUAUUGCUGGUGAGAUUGGAAUGGACAUGGCCAAGGGUCCUGCUUCGCUAAGGGUGCAUUUGAUUGAUUCACUUUAUGGGCUUGAUCAAGAUACUGUAGUUCGUCGGGUUAACAUCAUCAGCUUCUCAUGAUACACUGUACAUGGUAUGUAAAUAACCAGUUUUCCUGUUUGAGUUAUGUUUUUAUGUUUCGAGAAGAUGACUGAAUCAACAACUUGGCAUGUUAAGCCUAAAGCCCCGUAGGUCUUAUAUUGUAGGUGAUGCUUGAUUCUAUUGAUAAUAAUGACCAACUCACUGCUCUCUUAUGUGGAACUAACAAUUCGCUACAAGGACAACUAUUUUUAUGAGAUAUGCAGUUUUUGUGUCGGGUAA